ACAAGCAUAUUUCUGUAGUAAAUUUAAAUUAAAGUCUCAAUCGUUUAACGUUUCCUAUUUUCGCGCAGCCAUAAAUAUUUGCAGAGAUUUUGCGAAUCGUCUUAUUUAGUCUCAAUAUUUUGGUUUUUUAAAUUCUAUAUUUCAGACGUACAAACACAACACUGCGGCUGCAGAUGACCAGCGAUCAUCAUCCCGCACAAGGGAGUGACAUACAGACACAAUGGGAGGACACAGGAAGCAUUGAUAACAGCGCUAUAAAUCCAUGCUUUUGUUAAAGCGUCACUUAUGCGGAGCUUCAUGUUUAAAAUGCAUGCCAGUUGUGCGGUGGAAAUCGAUUAAAUGCAAUUCGUGUAUCUGAAUCUCCAAUCGGCAGGGCAUUAGUAGCGUGUUUGGAUCUGUUCUUACAAUGGAUUUCACUUUCGACUUGAAUGCGCUUUUUCCUGAGAGAGUGUCAGUGCUGGAUAAUAACUUGACUGCUGGUCGGAAAGCGCCUGGGAGACCGGAUCCUCAGAUUCAGAUAGCCACAGUCAUAGAUGAGCUUGGUAAAGCCUCUGCUAAGGCACAACAGCUGCCUGCACCCAUAACCAGUGCUGCAAAACUCCAGGCCAACAGACACCAUCUCUACCUCCUAAAAGACGGCGAACAGAAUGGCGGGAGGGCUGUCGUUGUUGGAUUUCUGAAGGUUGGAUGCAAGAAACUCUUUUUACUUGACCAGCAGGGGGCGCACGUGGAGACCGAACCUCUGUGUGUGCUGGAUUUCUAUAUCAAAGAGACUCUGCAGAGACAUGGCUAUGGACUUGAGCUCUUUGACUUUAUGCUGAAACACAAGCAGGUGGAGCCUGGGCAGAUGGCGUAUGAUAGACCUUCUGCUAAGUUUCUAUCCUUUCUAGAUAAGCACUAUGAUCUGAAAAACAGUGUGCCUCAGGUGAAUAACUUUGUGGUGUUUAGUGGCUUCUUCAAAAGUAGAUCAGGAACGCCUCCUUCCCCUCCGGCGGAUCAGGGGAUGUACGGAUUUUUCGGCCCAAUUGAGAAAAGUUCCCCCCAAAAAGCCAGAGGGAGAGAUCAAACCGUACUCACUAAUGGAAAGAGAUGUGGUCCGGAAGGAGCAGAGGUCUCUCCCCUUGCCGUUCGUACGGCCAGCGGCUCCCCCCCCCUCUCCUCCUCUGCUUCUAUCAUCCCCCCAGUCUCGUUCCCUCAGUGUGGGAUCCUCCCCCAGCCACGGCCCUCUCCGUCCCACCGCGCUGCCGGGGCUUCAGCCACGUCCGAGCCUCUCCUCCCAGCUCAACGAAAACUGCAGGGAAAAGCGCACCAGCUCUUUAAAUAGAUUUAGGCUUAGCUUUCAUUGACCCUUAUUCUUCAACGUCAUUGACCUAAACAUGACUGUGUUUUUUAACUAGUUAGAUACCCCCUGUAAGAUUUUGCUUUGUGAGUGUCUGAACGCCGCCAUUUUCUGGUUUGAUAAGACAAUUGUGACUUUUUUACUUUUCUGUAUCUUGAAGACCCUAGUACCCAGUACAGAAGACUGAGAUUUUACAGUUCAGUUUAAUAUCAGCGUCACAUGUGUAAUAUUCUCUGUCUUGUCGAUUUGAACAGCAAGAAAUAAAUGCAGUUGGAAAAAAUGAGCGUCGUUCCUAUUUAAUCAUUAAAGGACUGGCUCAUUGCUCUCUUUGUUUAUUUGCCCACUUUCCGUGGAACACAAAAUGAGAACGUUAAUGAUUCUUUAGUGUUCCACAGAAGACAGAACAUCAAGUCAUGGAUAACAUAUUUGAUUAUUUGUCAUCAUGUGACCCGUAUAUCAAUGGGACGGAUUAGCAUGAACGAUAUGAAAUCCUGUAUUCAAGUGCUUAGAUCUUUAUUUCAUUUAAAUUUAUUUAAAGGGAUCAAAUGACACGCCUAAAAGGAAUAUUAUCAUUCGAUUUAGAUGUAAAGCAAUGUGUAUGCAUGAUUUAAAGUUCAAAAACGCUGUAUUUUCCACAUACCGUGCAUGUUUGUAUCACCUCCUUGCCCCGCCUCUCUGAAUGGCGCAGAUUUUGAACAAAGCUCACUGCUGUGAAAUGCAAGGUCUGCUAUGAUUGGCCAGUUAAGCAGUGCGUAGUGAUUGGUCGAAUACUGCAAGCAUGUGAUAGAAAUUCAACGCCUCUUACCAUAUUUGGAACAUCAGGUUCCAAAGCAAAUGUACUGACAGGUGCGCCCACCUUUUAUUGUAUUACUUGCGUAUACAUUUGGGCGGUCUUAGUCAAAUCAUACCAUGAACUGACGUAGAUUUGUGGGGGUGUGGUUCGACGAAGCGUUUUAGGCAGGGCUGGGUGAGCAUUGGCUUUUAUUUUUGCAAUUGUACGUGUCUAAUACAUGCAUGGGCAACUUAUAACACACUAAAGACACAGAAAAACAUGUAUUUGUGCCACAUGACCCCUUUAAAGGAAUAGUUCACCCAAAUACAGUAUGAAAAUUCUUCCAUCAUUUACUCACCCUCAGUUUCAAACCUGGAUGACUUUCUUUCUGAAGAGGUUGGAAACCGAACAACAGCAGGACCCAUUUACUUCUAUUAUAACGAAAACAAAACCAACGCAAGUCAAUGAGUACCGCCACUGUUCGGUUACCAACAUUCUUCAAAUUAUCUUCUUUUGUGUUCUGCGGAAGAAAGAAAGUCAUACAAGUUUGAAAUGACAAGAGGGUGUCAACUAUACACUCCACAUCCACAUGAAUCUUUUUAAUCUGUCCUCGGAUUAAAAAAAUCAAACUUCAACAUACGACCAUUACUCUUUUUUUUCACAGAAACUUAUUUUCAUGCAAUAUUGAGUUUUAAUUUUUAAGUUUGCACUUCUGUUUAAUCCCAUUUCUGUUUGUUCCCUUUUUUCUUUCUUUUUCUGGUACUACAUUCACCCCCUUCGUUUUUCCGUCCUAUUUUUUACCGCCCACCCUCUUCUCCUCCGUUCCACCACUCUCUCUAUCGCUGUUUG